UCACACAACGCAUGCGCAUCAUACGUCACACGUUAGCUUGUCCGCCAUUUUGCAGAAAUUUAGCAGCACGGCUGUCUUCAGUUGUUGAAAUAUUAGCAAAUAACUUCACACUAAAACAGUGCACUUGCAGGGUCUCUUCGACAUUUUCACAGGCAAAGUGAUGGCUGAUCCAUCCGCAGACAUGGAGUUUCCGGAGGGCGCAGAUGUUCGUAGACUGUCGGAGCUGAGAGUGAUAGAUCUGAAGGCCGAGCUGAAGAAGCGCAAUUUGGACACCACAGGCGUCAAAAGCGUGCUAUCUGAGCGACUAAAGAAGGCAAUCCAAGAGGAGGGUGGAAAUCCCGAUGAGAUUAUUUUGACUCCAGAUUCUUUACCAAAGAAAGCCAAUGUAACACCUAAGCGUACUACAAGAGAUUCAAGACAAGAACACGAUGAAGCAGAAGACACUGCUCCAGAGGAAGCAGAGGACUGCCAUGAUGUCAAUGAGGAUUCACAAGAUGAUCAAGAGGAAAUGCACGAGAUGGACCUAUUUGACAUGAAUGUGCUGGAUGAGACCGAGAAUGACAAUGGAAUACCAGCUGAGGAUGAUGACGAGUCUGACCUUUUUCAGGGAAAUAGUGAUGUUCUACUAAAUGAAGAUGACAUUGAAGAUUUAGGAGAUGAAUCCACAGAGCCAGUGAUGGAAUAUGCUGAGAUGUUAGACAAAGAGGAUUAUAUGACAUGCUCAUCGCUACAUGUGGAUCCAGAUGCAGAGGAAACAAAUGAAGAAACAGAAAAUGACAAAGUAGCUGGGUCUUGUUUAUCUGAGCCGCUUAACGAAGACCAGAGCCACGCGACGAGCCCAGAUGAAGAACAAGCUGCCACCACCGGAGAGGAAGAAGCUGUGUGCGACAAAGCUGCCUCUGGAGAUGCGGAGAGCGACCAGGAUGUUCUGGAAACUGAGGCCAAAGAGGUCGGGGAUGGCCAGAAUAUCCCAGAAGAGACAAUGGACGCUGAAAAUACAAGUUUGCAGGCUGUUAGUUUAAAUGAACAAGGGUCUCUAAGUGAAACUGUUAAUUCAGAAAUUGAGUCUAAGAAGGGUGAGGAGGAAGAGAAGACAGAAGAGAAAGCUGCUGCGGAUUCAGCCUCCACUGUGAAAGAAUGCUCUUCUGUAGAGGGCGAUGAUCAGAAAAAGAGCUCUGAGGAAAACGAUGCAAAGACAGAGGUCAAAGAUGAAAAGGCCGCUGAAAGUGGUGCCGCAGCAAGUAGCAGAAAUCUUUGGGUCAGUGGUCUCUCGUCCACUACCAGAGCGACUGAUCUGAAGACUCUGUUUAGCAAAUAUGGCAAGGUCGUUGGAGCUAAGGUGGUGACCAAUGCAAAGAGCCCUGGAGCUCGCUGCUAUGGAUUCGUCACCAUGUCCUCCACAGAGGAGGCCACCAAAUGUAUCGGCCACUUGCACAGAACUGAGCUCCAUGGCAGAAUGAUCUCUGUGGAGAGGGCUAAGAACGAGCCAGCUGGGAAAAAGCCCGCAGACAAGAAUGAAUCCAAGAAGACUGGCAGUGACAGGAGACACUCCACUGACUCCAAGUCUGAUGGAAAAGAGGAUAAAUCUGAGGGAGAAGGAAAAGAUGGCAAAGGGCGAAAUGAAAGGACUGUUGUUAUGGACAAGUCCAAGGGGGAGCCUGUCAUCAGUGUCAACAGCAAGGAGAGAAGCACAAAGAGUCGUGAACGCAAAUCAUCUAGCAAAGAAAAAAAAGAUAUUCUUUCAUUUGACCAGAUUAAGGAGCAGAGAGAGAGGGAGAGACAGAGACAACGAGAGAGAGAAAUCAGAGAGGUGGAGAGACGCCGGAACAAUGACCGUGACAACCGUCCAGAUCGUGAGCGUGAACGAAUCCGUCUGUAGGAAAGAGAGGAGAGAAAACACUUGAUGCGGAAGAGACACUGGCUGGAGGCUGAGAAGCAGCGUCUUGAAGCUGACCGUAUGGAGCGGCAGUUCUUAGAGCGUGAAAGGCUACGAAUUGAAUAUGAGAGGCGGCGUGAGCAGGAAAGGAUCCUCAGAGAGAGAGAUGAGCUCAGACGACAGCAAGAGCAGCUGCGCUACGAACAGGAUCGUCGCCCAGUUAAAAGGCCUUAUGACAUGGAUGGGAGGAAAGAUGAUUGGCCUGAUAAGCGCAUGGCAAUGGACGACCGUUAUGGUCGUUCCGACUUUGGCCGUCAGGAUCGUUACCAGGAUUUCGACCACAGGGAGCGGGGCCGUUACCAGGAUGACAUGCUGGACCGGCGAGAUAGCACUCGUGGCAUUGGUCCAGACAGAGAUGGACAGCACUUUUCUGACAGACAUGGCAGAGAUGGCCGUGAGCCCUGGGGUGGAAGCUAUGACAAACGCAUGAACCCAAGAGAGGGAGGUCGAGACUGGGAUUCUGGACGAAAGAUGGACGGAGACAGACCUUGGACGGGUAGAGAUGGUGCUAUACCAGGCCAGGGACACAUGGCACGUGGAGGAAUAUCAGGGCGUGGAGGCUACAUGAACACAGGAACGUCUCAGUCUCUCUCCGGAGCUCUGAACAGACAGAAUCAGAUGAUACAGGGCGGCGGGAUGCAGGGUGGUGCAUUCGGGCGACGGUACUGAUGUUGUAGUUUUGACUAUGAUGUUUUUGUAAAUGUUUUAUUUCUUUCUGACGGUUUCUUUUUCUUAAUGCAUUUUUGUUGAAAUGUAACCUCCUCUGAAUUCUACAUUCAGUCAGCACAGUGUUGUAAAUUGAUGACCUAGACCACCUGAUUUUUUGGGGGGUGAAAUUGGUUGUCUGAAGUGUGGGAAAACACUAGUAUCCUUAAAUUAACUUUAUUUUCCCCCUUCUAAUAAUUUCCUGCCGAAGAGAAACUUUUAAAACUUGAUGUCCUUCACUUCACCUCAGCUCAUUACCUUUUUUUAUAAUUGUCGAACGUGUGUGUGUGUGUGUAUGUGUGUCACUGCUGGUUCCUUGUCCUUGAGGUGUGUAUGUUGAUGCAGCUCUGUGAAUAAAAAAGUUUAAAUUGAUAA